AUGUUCAUUGUUUUGCGUAGGGACUCUACCCGGUUUUAUUUAUGUAUCAAGAAGACCAUCGACUUCUCAAGAUCAUCGACUUCUCAAGACCAUCGACUUCUCAAGACCAUCGACUUCUCAAGACCAUUGACUUCUCAAGACCAUCGACUUCUCAAGACCAUCGACAUCUCAAGACCAUCGACUUCUCAAGACCAUCGACUUCUCAAGACCAUCGACUUCUCAAGACCAUCGACUUCUCAAGAUCACCAAAUUCUCAAAAGCUCCAAAACAAAUUCAUCAUGGGCCGUGUUGGCAAGAGCAACCCCGGUAUUAGACUCUCUCCUGCGCGGCGAGCGAGUUCAAUCAUCAAUUGCGGUCUCCACAUCACCCAACCUUCCAAACAAUGAUUCGCAUGACCAUUCUACUCCUGAUUUCGACCCACCAGAUGAACCGUACCAUGAUUCCUCGCCUUACGAUGAAAAUCCUUUAUCGACUUGGUCAUCGAUUCCAUGGGAUAUCAGUAUGGAUACUACAGGCAACAACACGACCAACUCUCAGCUGCCCACAGUUAAUGAUGAAGAUCUUGCUGCCCUCCGACAUCAUGACCGAAGGGUUGAAUUUCAAACUCGAGCUAGUAAUUGGGAAGGCGUUAUGAACAAGAUUUUCUCUGCAUACCUAUGGCUCAAGGAGAAGACCGACAAUUGGACCACCGAGGCAUCCUUCAAAUCAUACGACUCAUGGUUCUGCAAAUGCCAAGAACACGAAGUACGAUCGAAGCAAUGGAUUGACCUGGUGGACCUUGCAGGUCAGCAACGUGUGAAGUUUGAAUUUUGCCGCUGUAUGCCCAGGUCGGUGACACUUCUGGCAAAUGGAUUUCUACCAAGCUCGCCAAUCAAACCAACCACUGGAUUCUCGAUGAGGUUGCUUGCAUAUCAUGACUAUGCGUGGAAUCACUCAAACGUACGAAUGGCACCAUUUGCCGAAACCCAAAGAAAAUUUAGUGAAGACAGAUCCGAGGUGCUGUGGAAUCGUCGCCAGACCAAGGGCCGUGAUCUCCGAAGCUGCAUGUCAUCAGCUGUUUUGCUAUAUCGCGACCUUCUCAGCAGGAACGAAAAUCUGAUACAAACCAUCCUGGGCCUAACCAAACAGCAGAAGAUGGCACUUACAACCUGUCCCGCUUGCUUUGGGCCAAGCAUGAGAACAGGUCUUCAUCGACUUCCUUCGGUCGAUAAACGGUUGAUAAUUUUGUUUGACGGUAACUUUCAGCACCGUCACCAGAAAAAGGCCGGUAGCGACCACAUACCCCUGGUUACUCCGGAUAUCUUUAUCCAGCCAAGCGAACUGGACGAAGUCUUAACAUACAUAACCCAGCAGGAGAAAGCUAAAAAGAUUCCGAAGAAGGCCGAUCGGUGUACAGAUUCUCACAAGGCCGCAAACGACAAGCGCAACGAGACAACUUGGAAAGCUUGUGACGACACAGGAUUAAUGGGAUCCUGUUGCCGACAUGAUUCAGUAAUUUAUCUUGCAAAUAUCCAUGGAACUGGUGAAACUCGGGCGCUUCCCUUAUCAAUUCUGAAACGCAUCAUGGACAACAUCGAUCCUGGGCGCCCUGUGAGCGUGCUGUAUGAUAUCGGCUGUUCUUUGGAUAAGUACAUGAAAUUGCGCGACAUCUUCCCAGAAUCACGCGGGCGAAUGACCUUUGGAACUUCUGUGUUUCAUGCGUAUGUCCAUGAGUGGCCAUGCCAAGUGAAAUACAACCCACGCUAUCAAACGGGGUGGGGGCUAUCUGAUGGCGAGUCCUUGGAGCGCCUAUGGUCUUCGCUGUCUCCCCAGGUCAGCCCCUUGAGAUACGCUACAAGAAACAAUCGCUUGGGGGCACUUGCCCAUCGGUGCAAGUACCGCAACCAGGAAGGGAUAAUCAAUUUAGCAAGAUGGCUGUUGAAGAAAUUUGAAAACGCCCUUAUCCGCCGUGAUGAAGAAAAGAAGAUUAUACUCGAAUUAUCGGUGAUCCCCAAUCCACAUUGGAUGGAUCAAGUUCGGAUCGCAUUGGAGCAGGAAGAAACUGAAGAAGAACUUGAAGGUAAUAAAAACUUGGCUGAGUUUUUUGAAAAUGAGGAAGUCUUGGAGAGUUGCCGUGAUAGGGAUCGUCUGAGAUUGGGUCAAUGGCCUCCAACACUGCUCCAGGCCAACGAAAUGCUUGAAGGUAUGCAGGCUCGCGAAGAGAAUCAACACAAGCUAGCUGCAGCUUUAGGCAAGAGCUACGAAGAUCUACGUGGAAAGCGAACUACUGAGCAGGGGAUGUUGACACUGUUGUGGAAAGCGAAGACAGAACUUUACGAACAGGCUGUUGAACUUCAAGGGGAGAGGCUUCCUAUCUUAAAUACAAAUUCAGGCAACAUUCUCGGAACACGUUUAAAGGAGAGAAUACUGGCUGCAAUCAAUCGGCGAAAAGGUCCAGUUGAGAAGGCAAUCAAACUGUUUAACCAACGCCGAACCGAGUACCUGAAGAAAUACGAUCCAAACCGCCUAAACCAACCAGAGAACGCAGACCUCACAUAUGCGGCCUUUGAGAAGAUGGACCUAGACGAUCCUCUAUGGAAAGACGGUCACUUCUAUCAUGCUCGGGCACCUUGGGCGACCGAUCCUCUGGUCCGAAGCGGUAUACGAUCGGUCUUGGUUCUAGAUCGAGUGGAGGAAGAGAUUGAACUGCUGACCCAAGAGUUGGAUAGGGCCAUCACUUGGGCAUAUGAACACCACACAUCAUUAAAAUCCACUCAAAGUCGCUUGGAUUUGGCUGCCACGGAGCCUAUUGAUCCAGAAAACGACUUCAAAUCAAUUCUGACAUCCUUUCCUAUCAAAAGCCGCCUACGAUUGCUUCGUUCAGAAAUCGAUCGACAGUUACACAUGCAUGAAAAGUUGAUGGUGGGAUGGAAGGACAAUGUUGAAACACUUUGGAGAAAUACCCGCACAUCACAUACAGCUUCCCAUCACCCCUGGUUUGACUUGAUUGGGUGUAUCCAAAGUGCGAUGAUCAGACACAAUGUUGGUAGCAUUAAUGAUGCUGUGGAGCGCAUGGGCUUUGAAGAAGAAGAAUCCAGCAGCGAGUGGGAAACUGAAACUGACGAACUUGAUGACAUUGGGGAAGUGAACGAGCAGGGGUAA